ACAAACUAACUUUCAUUUAUAAUAUGAAUUGUCAUUCGCACAGUUUUUGAAAAGUUCUAUAUCUGUUGGCAUUCGUAAGCAUUGUUGUAAAGACGUAAUCAUGUUUCUCAAAUUGUUCCUUGUUUAUUUAGUUAUUUCCUUCUCAACAUGCCGUCACGUGCAAUUUUACAGGAAAGACUACACAUAUUUUGAAGAGUUUGAUGCAUUUUACAAACUCCAUUGGGACGGAAAUGGUGCGACAUGGAAUACCGCAUUCUUUGCCUGCGAAAACGAGGGCUCUCAGCUUUUCUAUCCUAAAGCUCCUGAAGAAUGGAAAAUUGUUAAUAAUCUUAUAGAAAUAAGAGGUCUUUUGGAUGAAAAUUUCACGGACAUUUACGUUGGUAUUAAAAAUGACGGGAUUGAAGAGUUUAUUACAGUUGAUGGUCUGACUACCCCAUCGCCUUUGUCAAAUGACAAUAAUCUCAACAACACUGAGUUGUGCACCACGAUGGAAAUUGAAAAUGGAUCGUUACAUAUAAAUCUUUGUUACAACGAGGACUCUUCCUCCAAACCGUUCGUAUGCAAGAAGGUUGAAGAUGUAACGUGCCCUACAAUUGAUAAAGGAUACCAGUACAUGAAGGAAACUAAGAAAUGUUACAAAGUCAAUAAAAUGAGCCAAACUUGGCAUGACGCCCUGAACUCUUGUGUGAUGGAAGGAGGUCUUUUGGUCAACAUUGAGAGUGAGAUGGAAGCUAAACUCAUUUUAAAAUUAAUUCAAGGAGGCAUCAACUAUCAUGCUGGUUUCAGGAAAAUUCCUCCUUAUAAUGAUUUUUACACCAUGAAAGGACAAAACUUAAAAGAUACGUACGAGAGAUUUUAUUACGAUAGGAAUAGAAAUGACCAAAAUGAUUGUGGAGCCAUUGUGAACCAUGAUUCGUUGUAUCUUGCGCAAGUUGCAUGCAAUAAAAUGUACCCGUUUGUUUGCGAAAUGGAAGUAACACAAUAACUUAAUCUUUAUUUCGUUAUUAAUAACCUAUUCAAUUUUAAGAAGGAAGACAUAGACUACUUUUUUUUACUGAUUUCAUAUUGUGAGACAAAAGAAGAAAAGAAAAACAUACCUUUUCAAGACCAAAGUCUGUAAAAAAUCAUUUUAUAUUAUAUUUUUAUUAAUAGAAAUAGAUCUGUAUCAUUUGGAUGAAAUACUUUUUAUAAAUAUAGGUAGGUAUUAAACGCGCAUGUAAAGUA